CCUUCUAGCGCGCUGGAGGAGCUGGCGGCGGCGCAGCGCUUCUGACGAAGGUCAUGACGUGCUCCCUCACCCGGAAGGGGCGCCGUGGUGAUGGCGGCUUCCUAGCGAAGCAACGUGACUGUGGAUGGCUGAAGAAGGAAGCUAGUACGGGGUUCGGGGGAGGCUGAUAUACUUGGAAGAUCAUAUUUUUCUACUAGAGGAAACGUUAUUUAAAAGAAAUAAUGGCUAACUACAAACCUGUCAUCGUUCAGUCUUUUCCGAAGCUUGGUGAAAAAGUAACAGAAGAUACGUUAUACUGGAAGAAUUACAAGGCUCCCAUUCAGAUAAAGGAGUUUGGUGCAGUGAAUAAAAUUGACUUUUCGCCAAUCCGUCCAUACAAUUAUGCUGUUACAGCCUCCUCAAGGAUUCACAUUUAUGGCCGAUACUCACAGGAGCCUGUGAAAACAUUCUCUCGGUUCAAAGAUGUCGCAUACUGUGCUACAUACAGAGAUGAUGGGAUGUUGCUGGCUGCUGGCAGUGAAGAGGGCAGCGUUCGACUCUUUGACAUUGGUGGGAGAGCAGCUCUGAGACAGUUUGAAGGCCAUACAAAGGCAGUACAUGUAGUGGGCUUUCUAUCUGAUAAAUACCGAAUAGUAUCUGGAGCAGAUGACUACACAUCCAAGGUGUGGGAUGUUUCUUCCGCAUCAGAAAUAAUCAAUUAUAGAGAGCACACAGACUACGUGAGAUGCGGGUGCACUAGUAAAUUGAACGCAGAUCUCUUUGUAACAGGCUCAUAUGAUCAUACUGUGAAAGUGUUUGAUACCCGCACAGAAAAAAGUGUCAUUACGAUAGAACAUGGGCAGCCAGUGGAGAGUGUUAACCUCUUUCCUUCUGGAGGUCUUCUUGUGACUGCAGGUGGCCGGUAUGUUAAAAUCUGGGAUCUCCUUAAAGGAGGGCAGUUACUUGUAUCCUUGAGGAAUCACCAUAAAACUGUAACCUGUUUGUGUCUGACGAGCUCUGGUCAGAGGCUGCUGUCUGGCUCACUGGAUAGGCACGUGAAGGUAUACAGUACAACAUCCUACAAGGUGGUUCACAGCUUUCUCUACGAAGCAUCCAUCCUCAGUCUUGCAUUAGCACCUGAGGAUGAAACCCUAGUGGUUGGCAUGACAAAUGGAAUAUUGAACGUUAAACAUCGAAAACAUGAAGAAAGACAGCCUCUUCGAAGGCCGAGUAGGAGGAGGAGGCCCACAUACCGAACUUUUGUGAAAGGAAGGAACUACAUGCCACAGCAGGAGGAUUUCUUUGUCACUAAGCCUGUAAAAAGACAUCUGAAAAAGUAUGACCAACUUUUGAGAAGUUUCCAGGUUUCGAAGGCCCUGGAUGCUGUCCUUCAGGGUCCUGUGCGAUCGAACCCACCGGAAGUCACAGUUGCUGUCAUGCAGGAGCUGAAUCGCAGAGGCACGUUGAAAAACGCUCUUGCGGGACGAGAUGAGAAACAGCUCAGUGUCCUCCUUGCUUUCUUGAUAAGGCAUGUGACUGACGCAAGAUUUGCUCCUGUGCUGAUAAAUGUUGCAGAAAUGAUUAUAGAUAUCUACAUGCCUGUGGUUGGACAAUCUGCAGUUGUUGAUAAGCAGUUUCUAAAACUUCAGAAUAUUAUAGAAAAGGAGAUUGAUUAUCAGGAAGAACUGCUAGAAGUAUUAGGGAUGAUGGAUGCACUCUUUGCUACUAUGGCAAGAAAAAAGCCUAGUUCCCUGGAAGAGAACAAACUGGAUAGUCUAUAGAUGAAAUCCUCAAACAAUGUCAAUAAUGGGCGGGUUCACCAGAGACUGUAUUGCAUUUGACUCUCAUUUUCUCCAGUGAUACUGGAAAGCCUGACAUACAACAGGAAAAAAAGUCAAAGGAUGCAUCCCACUGGUGACUGUAGAAAGAAGAAGAAAAGACCCCUUUGGAAUGAUUUUUCAGAUUGUUUUAUUGAAAAGCUAUUUAAAAUAUUUCAUGCCAGUGUUGUAUAAUGUUUACUAUAUGAAUCCAUUUAACUCAGUCUUAGGAACACAUAAAUACCAGUAGCUUCAUUUUAUUUUCUCAGAUUUCUUGAGGAGCCUUCUGUUAAAUUCCCAGGUUUUGGAAUAAAUAUGGCAUGAAUUUUACAAA